AUGUCGACAACUGCUCACGUAGUAGAUGGAGAAGCAUCAGAAUCGGACUCGGAAAUAGAAAUGGGUAAAUCACCAGAUUCCAACUUGUCGGCCUCAAAAGCUUUUAUUAUAUCUGGAGAGGCACCGGAAUCAGAUGAUGAAUCAAAGCUGCCAUCACCAACAAGUGUGAACGAGUCGGAUGCUCCUCUUCGUGUGGCAAUGUCACCGCAGAGCACGCAGACUAAGUUGUACAAUUCUAUACUCCAUCAGAAGUUAUGGGAGUGCAACGUGUCACUGAGAGCGAACCUCGAGGGCUUGGUGAAACACACCACUGACAUAUCGGUGGAGAAGUUAACAAAAGCAGACAAAACACUGCUCAGUGUUCAGGAAAGCAUGCGAGCAACUAAUGCCAACCUAACACUGGCACGUGCAAGAUUAAAGCAAAUACAUGCCGAAUUAGAAAAAGCUAAUUGUAGUAGUGCAUUGCCAACUGUUAAAAUUAAAUAG